UAAAUCCGACGUUAUAUAAAGCGUGUCAGUGAAUUUAUUUCUAUUGGAUAAAGAAUUGGACAGUUUUAUUUAGAUUUAAAGUGUUGGAUUAAAAAAAUAUGAAUAGCGUGGACUCGUUUUAUUUGUACAAUUGCAGUACGUCUGUCUUAGGAACUAAUAUAUCAUCGUUAUUAAAAUUAAAUCACAGCGAACUUAUUUUACUACUAAACGAAGCAUUGCCGUUAUUAAAGGAAUCAGAUCAAGACGCAUUUUUCAAAUGUUUUCACAGUGUACAAGAACGUCCGUUCAAUUUACCAUGGUGGCAAAAACUUACAUGGUCAUUGAUCUUUGCUAUCAUUUUAUUAGUAGCCACCGGUGGAAAUAUAAUCGUCAUGUGGAUAGUACUCGCACAUCGUCGGAUGCGUACGGUUACCAACUAUUUCUUAGUAAAUCUCUCGUUGGCAGAUCUGAUGAUGUCAUUAUUUAACUGCGCCUUUAAUUUUAUAUAUCUUCUAAACUCUAAUUGGCCCUUUGGUGUCGUCUACUGUACUAUCAACAACUUUAUUGCCCACGUGACCGUUGCAUCAAGUGUCUUUACGUUGGUGGUAAUAUCUUUCGACAGAUACAUGGCUAUAAUGUAUCCUUUGAAAAGACACAUGUCUCGAAGGAGAACUAUAUUAACCUUGAUUUCAAUAUGGACAAUCUCGUCCAUCUUAGCUAUUCCCAGUCUAUUAUAUUCUAGAACCACAAAGACAAGAUAUUCUAAUAAUAAAACGAGAAUUUCUUGUUAUUUAUCUUGGCCCGAUGGUGAAUACUUGAAUAGUAAAACAGGAUAUUUCUAUAAUAUAUUGUUUCUCAAUAUGACAUAUCUAAUUCCCAUCGUGGUAAUGGCCGUUUGUUAUACUCUGAUGGGUAGAAAAUUAUGGGGUUCGAAGUUUAUUGGAGAACUUACGCAUAAUCAAAAAGAAUCAAUGAAAUCUAAACGAAAGGUGGUUAAAAUGUUUAUAAGUAUCGUUAUGAUAUUUGCCAUUUGUUGGUUUCCCUAUCAAGGAUUUUUCAUAUUCGUUUAUCAUAAUCAAGAUUUAUUACGAAGGAGUUACGUUCAACACGUUUAUUUAAGCUUUUACUGGUUGGCCAUGUCGAAUUCUAUGGUGAAUCCUAUCAUAUAUUAUUGGAUGAACAAUAGAUUUCGAGUAUAUUUUCAAUUGAUAAUUUGCAAAUGUUGUUGUACUUUGGAUCGAACGAACGUGACAGACCCACAAAUGCGCGAAUUUAUAGAAUUACAUGGUUCUGGUCGUGAACGUUGUCGGUGCGGACGAUUACCAUCAACAUCGAUCCGAUGGCGUCAAUGUAGAGAAGCGAGUCCUGUUCGAACAUUCCGAGUGAAUUCUCGAUCAAACAAUGAAAAUCGUUAUACAAAAGAGGAUAUAGUUAUCAUUUGAUAAAUAAACUAUUACAAAAUUGAUUUUUAAAUCAAUAUUAUUUUCAACAAGUAAAUAUGAUUUCGAAAACGAUUGAUUGUCAUUUUGAAAAACAAACCAAAAAAAAUAAGACAAGAAAAAAUAUUAUCGAUCGUUAUUAAUUAUUAAUGAUCAAAAUCAUAAAACUGGUCAACCUAUUUACUUUUCGUACACACACGCGUAUAUAUAUAUUAUAAGUAUGUGUAUUGUAUAAAAAAAAGAAAAGGGUUUGAUGGAAAGAUGAAAUAUUGAAAUAAAUACACGCUAUGUUAUUAUUUUAUUACACGAAUGUAAAGAAAAUUGUAUAAAAUGUUUGGAUUUCACUGGUAUCGAUUCUCGUACAUUGAAAAGAUUUCCGGUGUCAAUAUACUGAAUGUAUCUGUGUGUGUGUGUGUGUGUUAUUUGUCGUAUAUU